AUAAAAAUAUAAGUAAAUAUUUAGGUUAAAUCGCCCUUUCCUUUCCUCCCCUGUAUCGCGUUUGAGAUAAAUCUUCUUCAAUCCGGAAAUUGGUUGCCUCGCAAAUCGACGUUCUCAGUGGUGGCACACAUGGAGCCUCCGCCUCCCUCUUCCCCGCCCUCCGCUGCCGUUGUGGAAACAUCGGAAACAACCACUGGUGGCGGGAUGGGUCCCCCUCCUCCCAGAAACCCCAGCCACUCGGAACCCGAGCGCUUAGUGGAAUCGUCGAUAAACCACCUAAACAACUCAGAAUCAAACCCUACGGAUAGUGCGGUAAGUUUCGGCGAGGUUUCCAAUUCCACCGAAAAAUCGAACAACGGCGGCGCUCCUCCGGAUGUUGAGAAGAAGCUGGAGGCGCGGAGUAAUAACGCGGCGGUGCCGUACACAGUUCCUGUGUGGAGCGGUCCACCUGUCCACGACUUCUUUCUCGAAGUCCUCAAGGAUGGCGCCAUCAUCACUCAAUUUGAUGUGAACAAGAAGGGAGCUUACAUUUUCGGCCGUGUGGAUCUUUGUGAUUUUGUGCUUGAGCAUCCUACAAUAUCUCGGUUUCAUGCUGUUCUUCAGUUCAAGAGCAAUGGGGAUGCAUAUAUAUAUGAUCUUGGAAGUACACAUGGUACUUUUGUGAACAAAAAUCAGGUAAAGAAGAGGGUUUAUGUUGAUUUGCAUGUGGGGGAUGUCAUCCGUUUUGGCCACUCGUCCAGGCUUUACAUAUUUCAAGGACCACCCGACUUGAUGCCACCGGAGGCAGACUUAAAGAAUUUAAGAAAUGCGAAGAUGAGACAGGACAUGCAAGACAUGGAAGCAUCACUUUUACGUGCAAAAGUGGAAGCAUCCCAUGCAGAUGGGAUUUCCUGGGGCAUGGGUGAGGAUGCAUAUGAAGAAAUGGAGGAUGAAGUUGAUGAAAUAACUUGGCAAACUUACAAGGGGCAGCUUACAGAGAAGCAGGAAAAAACACGAGAAAAAGUCAUUAAAAGACUUGGAAAGAUAACUCACAUGAAGAAAGAGAUUGAUGCAAUUCGGGCAAAGGAUAUUGCACAAGGUGGCUUGACACAAGGACAACAAACUCAGAUUGCUAGAAAUGAGCAAAGGAUAUCUCAGAUAAUGGAAGAACUUGAGAAUUUGGAAGAGACUCUGAAUGAAAGCAUUCGGGAAAGCCUUGGUGCACGAGCUGGAAAUCGGUCUAGAGGUAAGAAGAAGGGAGCCAUGGAAGAAGAUGAAGAUGAUUAUUUGAGUGAUGAUGACGAGUUCUAUGAUCGAACAAAAAAACCUGCAAAACAAAAGGAUGGUGAGAGUCAGUCUGUAGAAACUGCUGAUUCUCUUCUUGAUAAGAAGGAUGCCUUAAUUAAACAGAUGGAAGAGAAGGAAAAAUUACUGCAAAAAGAUGAAAAACCAUCAGAGACAAAAGAGGCGGCUGAUGCUGGAGAUGCACUCGAUGCAUACAUGUCAUCAGUUUCAUCUCAACUCGCUUUGGAUCACAAGGAAAAACUUCGUAAUGAGUUAUCUACUCUGCAGUCGGAGUUGGACAGGGUUCUCUACUUACUGAAAAUAGCAGAUCCAUCCGGAGAAGCAGCUAAGAAAAGAGAAUCUAGAGGACAAAGCUCCGAGGCGACCCCCAAUAAAAGGCCGGAAAUGAUUGUGAAGAGAAACCCUGCUUCCAAUACAGACGAACAUCCAUUAGAGGCAAAAACUCAACAGAUCAUCCCCUCAGCAGAAAAGAGUAAAAAUUUGGCCAAGGAAGGUACCACAGUUAAUAAUUCCAUCCAAGAUAAAACUGCAGCCGAGGAGAAAUUAGAUGUUAAUAAAAAUCCGAAAGAACCCGAGCCUGCUAAGGACGAGAGUAAAGCUACUGCAUAUACUAUUUCCAAGCCUCAAUGGCUAGGCGCUGUGGACAGCAAAAAGCAAGAGGUCACGAAAGAAGAGAAGAAAGAGAUCACAAAAGAAAUGUUAGCAGGAGCGCAGGAGACGGAUGAUUUUGUCGACUACAAAGAUAGGGGGAAAAUUCUAAGCCAUACAGAAUCUACAUUGGAGGAAGGGGGCCUAGAAAAUGCAGCCCCCGGCUUAAUUAUAAGGAAGCGCAAGAAAGUCAGCGAGCCCAGAGAAGUUAAAGACUCGGAAGAAGAGACAAUGAGUUCUGGAUUUAAGGCAGAGGAUGCUGUGGCCUUGUUGUUAAAACAUUCGAGGGGAUACCAUGAAGAAGAUACACACAUCCACGACGAGAAUCAUGAAAAGAAGGAUGCAAAAAAGCCUAAGAGGGUACUCGGUCCUGAGAAGCCGUCAUUUCUUGAAGAUCCAGAUUACUCGUCUUGGGUGCCCCCUGAUGGGCAAACUGGUGAUGGAAGAACCUCGCUGAACGAGCGCCUUGGUUACUGAAUUGUCGACAAGAACUGCAAUUGAGCAUCUACUUUAAAGGUAAAUGAUAUGUUACUUGGGUUUUUAAUUUUUUUACCUUUUACUGGAGUUGGGUAAUCACUUUACAGUUAAAAAAGUGAGUUGGGGUAGGAACUAUUGAAUUCUGAAUUAUGUUGUAGUGUAAAUGUCUAAGUUGAACAAAGUAGUCAACCUUCUUCAUAGUUAUGUCACUUGAAUAUUACUCUCUUUA